AUGCUACUGACGGGAAGUGGGCGGGGCUUCUGCAGAACACUGACGGGACGGCUGUUAGCUGUUAGCUAAUACUUGUUUAGCCUUUUUAAACUGUAAAUAACAUGUUGUUAAUGUAACAGACGAGGUGAACACAGACAGGUGAACACAGACAGGUGAACACAGACAGGUGAACACAGGUUCUUCUUCAUGGAUUCUGUCAGGAAGUUGCUGUUAGUCGCUCUGAUGCUCGCUGCACGAGCCGACGGUCUGAACCACCUGGUGACCUUCCCUCAGCCCCCCGUGGUCGAGCUGGGAUCCAACUUCACGGCCACGUGUGUGGUCAUCAACACGACAGAGGUCACAGCGGACGACCUCUACUGGAACCUGUCAGGAACUACAUUACCCAGAGAGCUCUAUUCCAAGAUAAACAGCACCGCCCUCAGCGUGACCUUCACCAUCACGUCAGAAAGACAAGAGUGGCUCCUCUGUCAGUGCGGGAAAACAUCGCCUGACGUCGUCCUCAACCAAGGUCGUUUCAUGCAUGGCAUCAUGCUGGUCAAAGGAUACGCCGUGGAGAAGCCGGAGAACGUGACGUGCGUGGCUCUGCAGGAGGAAACGUUCAUCUCUGGAACGUUCAGCUGUGAGUGGAACGACUCAGGACACCAGACGAAAGACAUUCCUACGACAUACACACUCUACGUUAAAGACUUGAUGGGUAAAACCAAUCACAGCGCCACACGGGAUAAGCGCGCCCAGGUGUUCUUGGGAACGUUCCCCGAUCACACCAACCUGGAGAUCUGGGUGGAGGCUCACAACAAGCUGGGGAGGGCGGAGUCAGAACACCUGUUUGAGAAUGCCGGCAAAUUUAUAAAGACGAACCCUCCGGAUAAUGUCACAGUGAUGUCAGAGACCACCUUUCCAACCUCUCUGCUCCUCACCUGGACUCCUCCCAUCAAUAAAAACUACGUCAGGUUAAGGUACAGGAUACGAUUCUGUCCUGAGGGAGCCCACACCUGGAGCGACGUGAGUUUAUUAAAUGAUUUAUGAACAGUCAUGGUGUGCAGAGAUCAGAAUAACCUGCUGAAGAACAUUUUAGUUUCUGUUUCUUAUUCUCACUCUUCAUUUGUUUAGUUCAAAACUAAACAAACAGAGCAGGUUAACAACUCAUUUUAUUAAGAGGCAACAGGAAGACACCACGAGCAGACUCAUGAUGGACAGACAGAAAGCUGGAUCAGAACCAGACUCAAGAUGAACAGACAGAAACCUGGAUCAGAACCAGACUCAUGU